GAGACGAGGAUGACGUCGAUGAUGACAGCGUCAGCGGAGGCCGAAGCGAAGCCGGAAGCCCAAAUCAACAACUGGCUGCCCAUCACUGCGUCCAGGAAAGCCAAAUGGUGGUACUCCGCUUUUCACAAUGUUACCGCCAUGGUCGGCGCGGGCGUGCUGGGAUUGCCCUUUGCCAUGUCGCAGCUUGGAUGGGCCCCUGGAAUCGUUGCGAUUGUGGCGUCUUGGGUGAUCACGUUCUACUCGCUGUGGCAACUUGUGGAGUUGCACGAGUUGGUGCCUGGGCGGCGGUUCGACCGAUACCACGAGCUUGGGAUGCACGCGUUCGGGCCGAAGCUGGGCUACUGGAGCAUCAUGAUCCUCCAGCUCAUCGUCCAGGUUGCUUCCACCAUCGUGUACACAGUGACCGGGGGCAAAUCCCUGAAGAAGUCCUUCGACCUCGUGUUUCCAGAGGUGUUCACAGAGGUCCGACAGACAUAUUUCAUCCUGUUCUUCGCGGUGUUCCAGCUGGUGAUGUCUCAAACCCCCAACUUCAACUCCCUCAAAGGAGUGUCUCUGCUGGCUGCAGUGAUGUCGUUCUCGUAUUCCAUGGUGUCCUGCGUUGCGUCGGUGAUCAAGGGGAGUGAGGACCACCACGCCCACCCAGUCACGUACGGGGUUCGAUCCCAAAACACGCUGGACCAGACCUUCGACGCCCUCAACGGAAUCGGGACCAUCGCGUUCGCAUUCGCGGGCCACAGCGUGGCUCUGGAAAUACAAGCCACCAUCCCCUCCACCGAGGAAACGCCCUCCAAAGUCCCCAUGUGGCGUGGGGUCAUUGUCGCUUACGUCAUUGUUGCCGUCUGCUACAUCGCCGUUUCCAUUUCCGGAUAUUGGGCCUUUGGAAUCUCCGUCGAGGACGACGUUCUGGUUUCUCUCGAAAACCCUACUUGGCUCAUUGCUGCUGCCAACUUCAUGGUCUUUCUUCACGUCGUUGGAAGCUACCAGGUCUUCGCAAUGCCUGUGUUCGAUACCAUUGAGUCAGCUCUAGUACAAAAGUACCAUUUCAAGCCAAGUCGAAUUCUACGACUAGUUGCUCGUAGUAGUUACGUUGUAUUAGUGGGAUUUGUGGGGAUGUGCAUUCCAUUUUUUGGAGGAUUACUGGGAUUCUUCGGCGGAUUAGUGUUUGCUGCCACCUCGUACUUCAUUCCUUGUAUCAUGUGGUUGUUGCUUAAACGACCGAAACCAUGGAGCUUCCACUGGAUUGCUUCUUGGGGGUCGACGAUCAUUGGAGUACUGAUAGCGGUGCUGACGCCCAUUGGGGGACUUCGGCAGAUUAUUCUCUCAUUCAAGACCUACAAGAUUUUUUCUUAG